UACACACUCUUUAAAUACUCACAUGUCCUUCCUGACUUCUUCCCACUUCCCUGAUCCUUUCCAUCUCUAAUUUAUUAGGAAAUAGAACUCUAUAUAAAUCUCUGUUGUUGGCUUAAGACACCAAAUUGCCUUGGGAAACAAUUUUUCUGGAACAUCGAUCCUGGAAACCUUUUUUCUCUCCAAGCCCCAAGGUACGCAAUUCAGUUUCGACAUGGAGAAAGCCUGGAAAAUUGUCCUGUUUUCCUGCCUGGUGGGUUCUUUGUUGGCUUCAUCGUCUGCCCAAACCUGUCUUACCCAAACCUUUUCCAACAACAAGCAAUAUGCCAACUGCAGCGAUCUUCCAGCCUUGAACUGUUACCUCCACUGGACGUAUGAUCAGGCAGCUGGCACCCUUGAUAUUGCCUUUAGACACACUGGCACCACCUCAUCAAGAUGGUCAGCAUGGGCUAUCAAUCCCGAGGGACCAAGAAUGUUGGGUUCCCAGGCUUUGGUUGCCUUUGUCAACUCCAGUGGCGUUGCUCACGCAUUCACGACAUCAAUUGACACCAUGAGCCCUUCCAUGCAACAGAGUGAUUUGAGCUUUGCGGUUCCAAACCUUUCAGCAACCUUUGAGAACAAUGAAAUGACGAUAUUUGCUGUUCUGAGAAUCUCCGAGAGUUUGUUAUCUACCAGCCAGGUUUGGCAGGAAGGUCCUGUGGAUAACGGCCAACCUGGGAUUCAUCCGACUAGUGGAGCCAACCUUCAAUCCGCUGGAAGUGUCAAUUUCCUUACUGGACAAUCUGGAGGGAGUGCAUCUGGUUCAAGAACUAGAAGAAGAAAUGUUCAUGGAGUACUGAACGCGGUCAGUUGGGGAAUCUUGAUGCCGUUGGGAGCCAUGUUCGCUAGGCACAUGAAAGUGUUCAAGUCUGCAAACCCGGCAUGGUUUUAUCUCCAUGUUGCUUGCCAAUCUUCGGCCUAUAUUGUUGGUGUUGCAGGAUGGGCAACUGGCAUUAAGCUCGGCAGCGAUUCUCCUGGAAUCACACAGAAUCCCCACAGGAACAUUGGCAUUACCCUCUUCUGCUUCGGAACUCUUCAGGUCUUUGCAUUGCUUCUGAGGCCAAACAAGGAUCACAAAUACAGAUUCUAUUGGAAUAUCUACCACCAUUCCAUUGGUUACUCUGUCAUCAUCCUCAGCAUCAUCAACAUUUUCGAGGGUUUCGACAUCCUUCAACCCGAAGACAAAUGGAAGAGAAUUUACAUUGGCAUUCUCAUAUUUUUGGGUAUUACCGCCACUUUGUUGGAAGCAUUCACUUGGUACAUUGUUCUCAUGAGGAGGAAGAGAGGGUCAGACAAGCACUCUCACAGCAUGAAUGGAGCCAACGGAGUGAAUGGAUAUGGUGCCAGUGGACACAGCGUAUGAUAAUUUUUUUGGUUAGGAUAUUACCCAUGAGCUUAGGAUGUUUUGGAUGACUCCCAUUUGUUAUUACAGCUUAUUGUUUGUUUGUUUUUUUUUUGGUUGUGUUGUAGUUAUGCUGUGAUCUAUGAGUUAUACACUAUAGUUUUGGCAUGUAUAGAUCAACAAUCCUUUUCUGUCUUGACUCCAUUUUUCUUUCAAUUCGUUUAUUGUUGUUUUUUGAUUCGGCUACACAUGUUGGGCUGCGGAAAACUAAACAACAAAAUUGAAAUAUAAGCCAAUAAGGGUUG